CAAUAUUCCCAAACUUCGGGUACACUUCCACAGCUGCAGCUUCAUGGCUACGGGGGCGGGGGCGCAGCACCGCGUCUCCUCCCGCCUCGCGGCCGGCCUCCUCCUCGCCUCCCUCCUCGCGCCACUCGCUUCCGCCCAGCUGGCGUGGUGGUUCUGCGGGAACAACGGCAGCUACGCGGAGAACAGCGCAUACCAGUCCAACCUCAGCCAGCUCUCAGCCACCCUCCCAACCAACGCCUCUCAAGGCCUCUUCGCCGCGGCCACCGUCGGCGUCGCCCCGGCGAUCGUCUACGCCCUUGCGCUCUGCCGUGGCGACUCCAACGCAUCCACCUGCGAGUCCUGCGUCUCCAUGGCCUUCCCGGAAGCACAGCAACUGUGCGGCUUCGACGAGGACGUGGCCGUCUUCUACGAUGGCUGCAGUCUCCGCUUCUCCAAACAGAACUUCCUCGUCGAUGGCAGCAAAGCCAACCUCACCGUGAUCAUGAACCGGCAGAAUGUGAGUUCGCCCGUGGAGGUGUUCGACGCCGCCGUCGGCAUACUGCUUAACGCCACCAGCAACUACGCGGCUACGAACUCGUCCCGGCGGUUCGCCACGGGGGUGGAGGAGGGCUUCGGUGGCAGCUACUCCACCAUCUACGGGCUGGUGCAGUGCACGCCGGACAUGUCGCCGGCGGACUGCCGAAGCUGCCUCGACGACAUAAUUGCCUUGACGCCGCAGUAUCUCAGCGGGAGGCGGGGCGGCAGGAUUAUUGGGGCGAGGUGCAAUUUUAGGUACGAGCUGAAUAAAUUCUUCACCGGAGAACCCACGCUGCGGCUGCAAACGCCAUUAGCGCCAGCACCGGCGCCAAAUGACGUGAUGCCGACGGUGGCCACAGGAGGAAGGACGAGUAACAAAAUGAAGAUGGUUCUAGCAAUUACAUUACCCGUAGUUGCUCUAAUGCUUGCUAUCACUAUAUUUUGUCUCUGCUUUUUGAGGAGAAGACUAGCAAGAGAGGACGCACCAUCUUAUUCAACUAAACCUGAGGACAUUGAAGGCAUUGGUUCACUUCUUCUCAAUCUGUCGACAAUACGUGCUGCAACUGAUAACUUUGCUGACAGCAACUGGGUUGGUGAAGGUGGUUUUGGAGCAGUUUAUAAGGGUGUACUUCCUGGUGGUCAAGAAAUAGCUGUGAAGAGACUCUCAGAGAGUUCAGGGCAAGGAAUACAAGAGCUGAAAAAUGAGCUUGUUUUGGUCGCCAAGCUUCAACACAAGAAUCUUGUUAGGCUUGUUGGUGUCUGCUUGCAAGAACAUGAGAAGCUGCUGGUGUAUGAAUACAUACCCAAUAGAAGCAUCGACACCAUUCUCUUUGAUCCUGAGAAAAGUAAGGAGCUAGAUUGGGGAAGGAGAUUCAACAUAAUAAAUGGAAUUGCUCGAGGCUUAAACUAUCUUCAUGACGAUUCCCAGUUGAAGAUUAUUCAUCGAGACCUAAAAGCGAGCAAUGUCCUUCUAGGCUCUGAUUAUACUCCUAAAAUUUCAGACUUUGGCUUGGCUAGGCUAUUUGGAGGGGAUCAAUCGCGGGAGGCUACAAAUUCUGUAGUUGGAACUUAUGGAUAUAUGGCACCAGAAUAUGCCAUGCGCGGGCACUAUUCAAUAAAGUCGGAUGUCUUCAGCUUUGGCGUCUUGAUUUUAGAAAUAUUAACCGGAAGAAGAAGCAGUGGCUCCUAUAGUUUUGAUGAAUCUGCUGAUCUCAUAAGUCUUGUAUGGGAGCACUGGAACACGGGAACAAUUAUGGAGAUCAUGGAUUCAUCUAUGAGAGGCAAUGCUCCUGGAGACCAGAUGCUGAAGUGUAUUCAUAUUGGGUUAUUGUGUGUUCAGGAUAACCCAGCGGAUAGACCGGCGAUGUCAAAAGUAAAUGUCAUGCUCAGCAGCAGCACUGUUUCUCUCCAGGCUCCAUUGAAGCCAGAAUUUUUCAUUCCAAAGAGCAGCACCUACUCAACUCUGUUUUCGGAAUCGUAUCCUGGAGCUUCCAAAUCCACCAGUAACUCAGUAAGUCAGAAGUAAUGUCAUCGAAAUGAAGUGUCCGUUACAGAGCUGGAACCAAGAUGAGUCCUGAAGCCGGCCUGUUCCCAUGGCAAUUUGAUUGUCAAUUGUCAUUGCUGGAAAAAAAGUUGGCAACGCCCCAGCAAUAGUUUGAAUUGAGAAAUCAGAGUUGAUUGCGACAUCAUGAUCUGUACUUGUUUGAAUUAUCUCAUUUACUCUCUGUCCACUCACAAUUGUUUUUUAUGUUUUAGAUUCUGUAGUCGAAGUGCUUAUA